AUGGGUGGGGAUCCUAGAAUAUCAACAGUCCCAGUAGAGGACAACAUAUUUUGCUGGAAAGGAACAAUUAAAGGAAGCAAAGACACAGUUUUUGAAGGAAAAGAAUACAAACGAUCUCUUGCAUUCCCUAAUGAAUACCCUUUUAAACCCCCAAAGGUUAAGUUCGAGACCGCCUGUUUCCAUCCGAAUGUCGAUGUCUAUGUCAACAUUUGCUUGGAAAUUUUUCAGGAUAAAUGGUCAUCUUCUUGUGAUGUAAGAACCAUACUGCUAUCUAUCCAAAGUCUCCUCGGAGAACCAAACAUCAGCUCACCUUUGAACACCCAAGCAGCAUAGCUUCCGAGCAAUCAAGAAGGUACCUUUGUUUUCGUUUGAAUAUAAUAGC